CAAGCAGAAAUAACCGAAGGCUAUUUUCGUAAUUUAACAUUUUCCCCCUCCCCAACACAUUUUCGAUCAGUAGGUAGAUCGAUCAAUAACCGCCGAAGAAGAAGAUGCUCCUCGCCGUCCUCAUCGCGAACGCCGGUGGAAACAUUCUGCUCGAGCGCUUCAAUGGAGUUCCAGCUGAGGAACGGCUGCAGUGGCGCUCUUUCUUAGUUAAGUUGGGAGCGGAUAAUCUCACAGGUGUGAGAAAUGAAGAUCUUCUUGUUGCUUGCCACAAAUCAGUUUAUAUUAUUUACACUGUUCUUGGAGACAUCAGCAUUUUUGUUGUCGGCAAGGACGAGUAUGAUGAACUUGCCUUGACAGAAGUAAUCUUUGUUAUAACCUCGGCUGUAAAGGAUUUAUGUGGGAAGAAACCUCCAACUGAGCGCCGUUUUCUGGAUAAGUACGGAAGGUUUUGCUUGUGUCUGGAUGAGAUUGUUUGGAAGGGAUUGCUGGAGAACACGGACAAAGAUAGAAUCAAAAGACUUAUAAGGUUGAAACCUCCAACUGAUGUCUGAACUGGAAAGCUACUCACUUGAUCAGAUCCAUGAUGACAGUUUGGCAGCUUGUAUAGCAUUCAUUUCUAAUUGCAGGGCAUAAUAAAUCUUCAUGAAUAUACCUUCCGAAUAAAUAAAUAAAUAAAUAAAUCUCCAUACAUCUCCUUGGAGCUCCCAUAUGCCUUCCUCACUAAUAACAGUUACAAUUCAAAUAUUUUUUGCAUAUAUUUUUGGCGUUGUAAUGACUGUUAUAUUACAUUUUUUGAACCUAAAAUUUACAUGAUUCUUUGUUCUUUAUCCUGGCAUGGCAGGAGAUGUCAAAUAAUAUGGUAAUUUCUGCCCUUUUGCUUUGUU